GUAUGGUUUCGAUUUUAACAAAAAAUUAUCAAUAAAAAACAGUGACAGAGAUGCCUUUAUUAUGUCAUGUGAGCAGCAACAGUCAAAAAUUUUCAAACUCAAAUUCUAAAUUGCAAUGAUGGCCCAGCAGCACGCUAAGAAAGUCCUCCAGUACAAGGAGCGUUUCAAGAAGGAAGCCGAGGAGCUCCUCCUGACCGGCUUCCCCUCCACAAUUCUCAAGCUGAACGCUUUAAUUUCGACCCCCAAAUUCAAAAAACGCGAUUUCAGCGAUUUGCACCAAAACACGGCCAUAAUUCCAAGCCAGGACAGCGAGCCGGUCCUGGAUAAUGGUGACACCUCAACACCUCCGGUGAAAAAAGCCAGAUUCGAUAGCUCCUCACCAAAAAGCUACUUCCUGCAAACCAACAAAUGCCUGAUCGACUUGGUCGAAACCGUCAAGCCGCACAUGAUCAAGCUGGUCGAGGACGCGAAAAUCAUGAAAAUGUGGAUCUCCUACAUGAUCCCGAAAAUGGAAGAUGGGAACAACUUCGGGGUGGAAAUCCAGGAGGAGACGCUAGCGCUGGUGCAAGCCGUGGAGGCCUCAGCUGCCGUGUUCUACGAACGGAUCUCGAAAUAUUUCACGACUCGCGGGAAAGUGAUCAAGAAUUUCCUCAAAUAUCCCGAGAUUGAGGACUUCAAGCGCGCGGUCCAGGAGCUGGACGAGCGGGAAUACCUGUCGUUCUGUCUGGUGAUGUCCGAAAUCCGCAACCAGUACUGUGCUCUCCACGACGUUUUUAUGAAAAACUUGGACAAACUCAAGAAGCCGCGGUCGAGCCAACUGCCCGAAUCCCUGUACUGAGAUAAAUAAAUAAAACUCGCAAAGUACAAAAUAA